AUGUCUGGAUCCUCACAUGCAUAUGAUAAUCCGUACGAGGAGCAUUACAACGAUCAUUACGCCCGACGAGACGGUGCUGACCGUUUCGACCAAGACACCUCUUAUGUACAAGAGGGAUAUUAUCCUCACGAUUCCACAUCUAGUCAUGAUUUCCAUGAUGGUUUUGAAACUCUCGGCAAUCGUGCGUACCAUGAGACGUCUGCUCGUUAUGGCGACUAUGAUUCGGGCUCUUACUACUGGCAAGACGGGCAAGCCCACUAUCAUGCCGGUGAUGAGGACGACGGGUGGAACUAUGACUAUGGAUCGAGAGACGACACGGGUCAAUACUCAGCAACAUCAUCCAAAGUCUUCUUCGGCGCUGAUGACUCGGCCGCAUACAACCGAGAAGAUAUCGACUAUCCGCCCGUGCUACACCCAUCACCAGACCCGUAUCCUGCUUGGGCUUCUGACGCUCGACGACCACUGACUACCGAGGAAAUUGAAGACAUCUUUCUCCAAUUGACCGACAAGCUUGGCUUCCAGCGGGAGAGCAUGCGGAACAUGUUCGACCACCUUAUGAUACUGCUCGAUUCCAGAGCCUCACGGAUGCCGGCGGAAAAGGCACUCGUUUCUCUGCAUUCAGACUACAUUGGUGGUUGCAACGCCAAUUAUCGAACAUGGUAUUUUGCCGCCUAUUUUGACCUUGAGGCUGAAGGUGGAACCUCGAGCCCUGGCAACACCACAUACGCAGAUGGACAGACCGAUAGUGCAGGCCUCGCAGGCUCAGAAGGAGCACAAGGAGGAGAUGAUUUUCAGCUCGCCGAAGAGCGUUGGCGAAGACGCAUGCGAAAUAUGGCCCCCCAGGACCGCGUCCGUCAGGUUGCUCUCUAUCUUCUGUGUUGGGGAGAAGCAAACCAGGUUCGGUUCAUGCCGGAAUGCCUGUGUUUCAUCUUCAAAUGCGCCGAGGAUUUCCUUGCCGCACAGUCAAGCAACGAUACACACGCCGAAGAGCUGUCCUUUCUCGACCACGUCAUCACUCCCAUCUACCGCUUCCUUCGAGAUCAAGGCUAUGAGAUCCGCGAUGGAGUCUACGUCCGCCGCGAGCGAGACCAUGACAAGGUCGUGGGCUAUGAUGAUUGCAACCAGCUAUUUUGGUAUCCUGAGGGAAUGCGUCGUAUUGUGCUCAACGACAAGACUAAACUCAUCGAUAUUCCUGCCUCGCAGCGCCUGGUUCGAUUCAAGGAUAUCAACUGGGGCAAGUCAUUCUUCAAAACAUACAAAGAAUCCCGGUCACUGCUACACCUUCUUGUCAAUUUCAACCGCAUCUGGAUCAUCCAUUUGACCAUCUUUUGGUUUUACACUGCGUUCAACGUUCCGACCCUAAUCGUUGGCCCAAGCUACGAACAGCAGGUGAAUCAAUCACCCACCAAUGCCAAAAAGCUCUCUGCUGUCGGGUUUGGCGGUGCCAUCGCGCCUUUUCUGCAACUUGCUGCCACAAUCGCUGAGUGGAUGUAUGUCCCACGGCGAUGGCCUGGAGCAGAACCCAUUGGCGUAAAGAUGGUCUUGCUGCUAGUUGCCCUUGUCUUCAAUGUCGCACCCGGUGUCAAGAUCUUUUUCUUUCCUGGCCCGAAGAAGCUUGAUGAUUAUCUUGCCAUGGGCCACGUUGCUCUCGCCACCCAGCUCUUUGCCUUUCUCGCAAUCAUGCCCUCUGGGAACCUGCUUGGCAACUUCUUCAAGAAGAAGUCCCGUCGUGCCACAGCAAGUGAAGUAUUCACAGCGAAAUACCCACCACUUCACGGGAACAACAGAGUGUUUUCAUACCUGUUUUGGACAAUUGUUUUUGGUGCCAAGUUUGGCGAGUCCUAUGUCUUUCUCGCACUCUCCUUCCGAGAUCCAGUACGCUAUCUGUCCAUCAUGAACGUGGACAGCUGCCAGGGAGACAAGCUUUUCGGAGCAAGCCUAUGCAGGCAGCAACCGACAAUACUACUCGUUCUCAUGAUGAUGACGGACCUGAUUUUCUUCUUCCUCGACACAUACCUCUGGUACGUUCUGGUUAACACCGUAUGUUCGAUACUGAGGUCAUUCUACAUUGGCUCCUCGAUCUGGACUCCCUGGCGGAACAUUUUUUAUCGACUACCCAAGCGAAUCUAUUCCAAAGUUCUUGCCACAGGAGAGAUGGAGAUCAAGUACAAGCCAAAGGUGCUUGUGUCUCAGGUGUGGAAUGCCAUCAUUAUCUCAAUGUAUCGCGAGCAUCUAUUAUCGAUCGAGCAUGUCCAGAAGCUCUUAUAUCACCAAGUACCAUCAGACGAGAUCGGAAAGAGAACGUUGCGAGCUCCAACGUUUUUCGUUGCCCAAGGUGACCAUUGGUUUGACAGCCAAUACUUUCCUAAGAACGGUGAAGCUGAACGUCGGAUUUCGUUCUUUGCCCAAUCUCUCUCCACGCCUAUCCCUGAGCCUAUGGCCGUCGAUAGUAUGCCCACCUUUACGGUCAUGAUCCCGCACUAUUCUGAGAAAAUCUUGUUUUCACUGCGAGAAAUCAUUCGUGAAGAGGAUCAAUAUUCACGCUUGACAAUGCUUGAAUACUUGAAACAGCUACAUCCGCACGAAUGGUCUUGUUUCGUCAGAGACACAAAGGCUCUUGCUGGCGAAGAUGAGCCACCUCAUGAUUCUGAUUCGGAAGCAACUGGUCAGAGCCAAAUGGAUCGCAAAGUUCAAGAUCUCCCUUUCUAUUUCAUUGGAUUCAAAUCCUCGGCUCCAGAAUACGCCCUGAGAACCCGUAUCUGGGCUUCACUUCGGUCUCAAACUCUCUACCGAACGGUAUCAGGCUUCAUGAACUACGCUAGAGCCCUCAAGUUGCUGUAUCGGGUCGAAAACCCGGAUGUGGUGCAGCUCUUCAGACAGCAUCCAGAGAAACUUGAACUCGAGCUUGAACGGAUGGCCAGGCGUAAGUUUCGCAUGGUGGUGGCGAUGCAACGGUAUGCCAAAUUCAAGCAAGAGGAGCAAGAAAAUGUCGAAUUCUUGUUGCGAGCCUAUCCAGAUCUCCAGAUUGCGUAUCUUGAUGAAGAGGCUCCUGAUGAGGGUGGUGAGCCUCGUGUCUAUUCAUCCCUCAUCGACGGGCACUCCGAGGUGUUGGAAAAUGGCUUGAGGCGCCCGAAGUUCAGAAUCCAACUAUCAGGCAACCCCAUCUUGGGAGAUGGAAAAUCUGAUAAUCAGAACCACGCACUCAUUUUCUAUCGCGGCGAGUAUAUUCAGCUCAUUGAUGCGAAUCAAGACAAUUACCUAGAGGAAUGCCUCAAGAUACGGGGCGUCCUUGCAGAAUUUGACGAAAUGAAUAUCGUCUCUGGCUAUGACGAUGAUCACAAGGACAACUCCUCUGAACCAAUUGCCAUUCUGGGUACGCGAGAGUACAUCUUUUCUGAGAAUGUUGGAAUCCUGGGCGACAUCGCCGCCGGCAAGGAGCAGACCUUUGGCACUCUUUUUGCCCGUACAUUGGCCCAGCUGGGAGGCAAGCUUCACUAUGGCCACCCAGACUUCCUUAACGGAAUCUUCAUGACAACUCGCGGCGGCGUCUCCAAGGCUCAGAAAGGCCUUCAUCUGAACGAAGACAUCUAUGCCGGGAUGAACGCCAUCAUGCGAGGCGGCCGUAUCAAGCAUUGUGAAUUUUAUCAAUGCGGAAAAGGCAGAGAUCUCGGGUUUGGCUCCAUUCUCAACUUCGUCACCAAGAUCGGAACAGGUAUGGGCGAGCAAAUGCUCUCACGGGAAUAUUUCUACCUUGGAACAAAGCUUCCGCUUGACCGAUUCUUAUCCUUCUACUACGCUCAUCCUGGAUUUCACAUCAACAACAUGUUUAUCAUGGCUUCGGUCUACAUGUUCCUCAUCAGCCUCCUGAACCUCGGCUCACUUCGACACGAAACUAUCAGUUGCGACUAUAACCGGGAUGUUCCAAUCACAGACCCGCUGUUUCCUACAGGUUGUGUCAAUACUGACGCUCUGAUGGAUUGGGUCUAUCGCUCCAUUCUUUCUAUAUUCUUUGUGUUCCUCAUGUCAUUCAUCCCUUUGACAGUGCAGGGACUGAUGGAGUCUGAUCCUUGGAGAGCAGCUGUGCGAUUUAUCAAACACGUCGCCUCAUUGUCGCCAUUCUUCGAGGUAUUCGUCUGUCAGGUCUACGCCAACUCUGUUCAACAAAAUCUCUCAUUCGGAGGGGCCAGGUACAUCGGAACAGGUCGAGGGUUUGCUACUGCGCGUAUCCCAUUCAGUGUCCUCUACGCACGGUUUGCUGGUCCAUCCCUCUAUUUCGGUGGCCGGUUGCUUCUCCUUCUGUUAUUCGCAACGCUCACCGUCUGGCAAGCCGGGUUAACUUGGUUCUGGGUCACCACCUUUGGCCUAAUCUUUUCGCCUUUUCUCUAUAACCCUCAUCAAUUUGCAUGGGACGACUUUUUCAUCGACUAUCGCGAGUUUCUUCGAUGGCUCUUUCGAGGGCAUGCUCGUUUCCAUGGCUCGUCGUGGAUCACAUACUGCCGCCUGGCACGUACUCGGAUUACCGGUUUCAAGAAGAAGAAUCUUGGGGAUCCAUCUUCUCGGCUUUCUGGGGAUGCCUCACGCGCUUCACUAGGCUCAGUACUCUUUGCUGAGACUUUUCUCCCGCUGCUGUCGGUCAUCAUGACCACGCUUCCAUAUCUCUACAUCAACGCGCAGACCGGCGUGCUUGCGAAGAACAACCGUGGCGAGAAGGUUGAGCCUACAGAUUCUCUCAUUCGCCUUUUGAUCAUUGCAUUUGCGCCAAUGGCCAUCAACUCUGCUACCUUGGCCGUAAUGUUAAGUCUGAGUUGUCUCACGGGACCUCUUCUCAGUCUUUGUUGUAAGCAAUUCGGCAAAGUGCUGGCUUCCAUCACAUAUGGAAUCUCUGUCGUUGCACUGAUUAUUUCGUUUGAGGCAAUGCUCUUUUUGGAAGGGUUCAACUUUACCAGAGCCCUUGCUGGCAUGAUUGCCGUCGUUUCUUUGCAGAUCCUACUCUGUAAGAUCAUCAUCUCGACGACAUUAACCAGGGAGUUCAAAACCGCUUCGUCCAGUACUGCCUUCUGGACAGGACAUUGGUACUCGUUGGGCCGACAUUCCAUCACAGCACCAUUUCGAGAGAUCGUCUGCAAGAUUACAGAGUUGAGUAUGUUCUCGGCUGAUUUUCUGUUCGGGCAUUUGCUUCUUUUCGCAAUGUUGCCAGUUCUUCUCAUCCCGAAGAUUGACAAAGUACACACGACAAUGCUGUUUUGGCUUCUUCCAAGUCAACAGAUACGAGAACCAAUCUACUCCAUGAAGCAGUCAAAGCUCAGGCGACGUCGGGUGGUCAGGUUCGCAGUUGUUUACUUUACCAUGCUGCUCGUCACUGUCGGACUGAUCCUCGCACCUCUGCUUGCGGGCAAGUACAUUCCCUCUAGCGUGUCUGAUAUUUUUGUAGACUUGGCUGGAUUUCAUUUACUGCAGCCAUCUGGCCAGGAUCGGGAUAAUACAAAUGGGACGCAACAGACAGGGACUGGAAUGCCCGGCUAUACUGGAGCAGGGUUGGAAUCUUCUACUUCAAGGACUGGGGGUAUAGCAGCGACCACUCAUUAG